CUGGUUCUGCACUCAAUGGCUUCCUCCCUGGCCCGCGUCCUCUCUCGCCGUAUGCAUGUCUCCGCACGGAGACAUGCCCUCUCCAAGUUCGCCAUGCCCGCCAUGAGUCCCACUAUGACCGAGGGCGGUAUCGCUUCUUGGAAAAAGGCCGAAGGAGAGUCGUUCUCUGCAGGAGAUGUAUUGCUGGAAAUAGAAACCGACAAAGCCACCAUUGAUGUAGAGGCGCAGGACGAUGGUAUCCUCGCCAAAAUUAUUGCUGCUGAUGGUGCAAAGAACAUUUCGGUUGGCUCCACUAUCGCUGUCCUGGCCGAAGAGGGUGACGAUUUGUCGGGCGCCGACAAGCUCGCAUCGGAGACUUCUUCUGAGCCUGCGCCGAAGAAGGAGGAGGCUAAACCUGAAUCUACGAAGUCGCAGGCAACUGAGCCCCAGCCCGAGGCUAAGCCUGCCCCCCAGGAGACUAAGCCUGAGCUCGAGAAGGGCGAGUGUAUCUUCGCGUCCCCCAUAGCCAAGAAGAUUGCUUUAGAGCGGGGCAUUCCUCUGGGUCAAAUUAAGGGCUCAGGACCAUCUGGCCGUAUUAUCAGAGAGGACGUCGAGAAGUAUCAGCCUGCUGCUGCCUCAGCUUCAGCAUCUGCUUCGGCCGCUCCUGGCACCCCGGCCGCUCAGCCCGACUACACUGAUAUCCCAGUUUCCAACAUGCGUCGCACCAUCGGAACCCGUCUUACUCAGUCCAAGCAGGAGAUCCCUCACUACUACUUGACUAUUGACAUCAACAUGGAUAAGGCCCUCAAGCUUAGGGAGGUCUUCAACAAAUCUCUGGGCGAGAAGGACAAGUCUGCGAAACUCAGUGUUAACGACUUCAUCUUGAAAAGCGUUGCAUGCGCUCUUAAGGACGUCCCCGAAGCCAAUUCCGCAUGGCUCGGAGAGGUCAUCCGGCAGUAUAACAAGGCCGAUAUUUCUGUUGCUGUUGCAACUCCCAACGGCCUGAUUACACCCAUCGUCAAGGAUGUCGGCUCCAAGGGGCUUGCAAGCAUCUCAGCAGAAGCGAAGGCCUUAGCCAAGAAGGCCCGUGAUGGCAAGUUGGCACCUCAAGAAUACCAGGGCGGUACCUUCACUGUCUCGAACUUGGGCAUGUUUGAUAUCGAGCACUUCACUGCCAUCAUCAACCCACCUCAGUCUUGCAUCCUUGCUGUUGGUUCAACCAAACCGACCCUCAUACCUGCUCCAGAAGAGGAGCGUGGCUUCAAGACCGUCAACAUUAUGAAAGUCACUUUGAGCUCUGACCACCGGACCGUCGACGGCGCUGUUGGUGCCAGGUGGUUGACGGCAUUCAAGGGUUACCUUGAGAACCCCCUCACCUUUAUGCUGUAAUUGUCGUUUUCUAUGGCUGUUAUGGCAGUUGCAUGUUUUCUGGGAUUAUAUCGUCAACUUCACGCUCUUUUCUAGUAAUACACUUAGACUCCUAUUCUAUAUUUCGCGUAUCAUGUUACGGAAUGCUAGU